GUAUUUUCUUAGCAGCCCUUAAAUAAACAGCUGAGCACGAUACAAACAAUCAGAAGCUUAGCAAUGGAGCUGUUAAAAAGCAUCAAUAACAAAGAGAUAUUUAUGGAGGUUUUGCACUUAUCCAUUGAUUUCCUAAUCGGCAAUAUAAACGAUCAACAGGCACUUCGCUUAUCCCACAAAUAUGGAUUUCAGAAUCCUGACGAUUUUCUACUUGCCACCCGUACUAUUUCCAAGUACUAUAGGAAUUGUUGUUUGGACAGCGUAGAAGCAGCUAAUACCGAUAAGCUAGCGUUUCUCAGCCAAGAGCUAAGGCCACUGGUCCCUUUGGUGCUCGCAUCUAGACAAGAUGCAGUGGAAUCUGCGCUGAGUCGCUAUGAGUAUCUGAAGAACAAUGUCAAGUGUGUUAUGUCCUUCGAUUGGGACACACGAUUAAUUUUGGGCGACAGCAGCUCAAGGAGUAAUGUGCGCCAAGUGGUCACCAUCAAUUUACACUGUCGUUCCAAUGCUAAGGAUGAGCUGAUCAUGUUUGAAAUGAAUCUGGAGCAACUCAAGACAUUCAUUGAAGUAUUAGAGAAUUCACUUAAAAGCGGCAAGGCAAUAAAGUAACAAUUGUAGAACAUAUUGAUAUUUAUAAUAUAAGUUAUAAAUAGUAGUUAUACUAAUAAAUAAAUAAUUAUGAUAUGUAAUUGUCAUUUACUUCUAUUUAUUCAAUUUCGAAUCUGGAAACCAUCAAACAUUUUCAUUGAAGUAUCAGAGAUUUUGGCCAAAAGAACCAUACAAUUUAAGAAAAAAUGCCAAUUAAAGAUCGCUUAUAAAAGAUAAA